AUGGCAAAUAGUGAUAUACUGAAGCAUGCAAUAGCGAGAGAUUCUGCCCAUUUUGGACUCGGAUCAGGGGACAUCGUUCUUGAUGAUGUUUCAUGCAAGGGUAACGAAUCCUCGCUUGCACUGUGCAGCCAUGGAGAAUUUGGACAACAAAACUGUAGCCAUAGCGAAGACGUAGGGUUAAUCUGUUUGGACAUUCGCUUGGUUGGAGGAUCAUCUCACAACCAGGGCAGACUAGAGAUAAAGUUAGGGAACACAUGGGGAACUGUAUGUGACGAUGGAUGGGAUAUUGAUAAUGCACGUGUUGUUUGCAGAAUGCUUGGAUAUAGCGGAGUCCCACAUGCAGUUUCCUUUGCCCGUUUUGGUCAGGGGAGCGGCCAGAUAUGGCUGGAUAAUGUCAGCUGUACUGGAACGGAGAGUUCCAUAGCUCUGUGUCCUUCCAAUGGAUUUGGAACACAUAACUGUGAACAUGAAGAAGAUGCAGGAGUAAUUUGUCAUAAUGCGAUACUUUUAACUCCAUCCAGUGAGUUUUGUCAACAAUACAGCCCCUUCCAUUGGUCUUUAUCUGAGAGCAUCAAUCAAAACAGCUAUAUAAAUGAGAUAGAUUGUUCUUUUGAAACAAAGAGCGCGUACAUGUUCAUAAUGAUGCUUAUAUUUGCUGUGAUAUUUGGUGUUCUUCAACCGAUGUGCGGUUUCCUUCUUGAUCCAAAUAAACCAGCACAUAAUUCCGGAGGAAACGAUACCAUUACCUUUAUGACCCAACGUUUGGACAAGCUACAGGAACAAAUGGUACAACAAAACAAAACGCUAGAAAUUCAGGGACAGAUGAUGGGACAACUUUUAAAUACAUUGUCAGCUGUAAAUCACUCGCUGUCAACACUCUUAUCACGGGAACAUCACAACGAAAAUCAACUGUCCACGUUCUCUAGUGAUUUGAAUACAACACAGAGCAUAUUAAGUUCAUUACAAGGAACAGUGUCUCGAAACCAUCAACAAGUUUCCUCACUCUCCAGUCAAUAUACCACCAUGUCCUCUAACUUGUCCACACUUUCCAGCGACUUGCAGAUCGUUCAAAGUAGUUUAAGCUCGCUGCAAACAACGGUUUCUAGGAAUCGGCAUUAUGCAUCAAAUCACAUAUCCUCUCUGACAAAUCAGUAUUCUAAUUUGUCUACGACCUUGCAAUAUACCGAGACACUGGUUUCUACACUGGAACACAAUUUGGAAGAGACUGUUAUAACAAACACCUGGAUUGCUGAAGGAAACUACCCUGGGAUGGGACGUCUGCAACUCUACUAUCAUGAUAAAUGGGGUACAGUCUGUGAUGAUGACUUCACCAGUAACAGCGCGAAGGUUGCAUGCAGACAACGUGGUUACGCAUGGAAGCAUGCGAUAGCUAGAGGUUCUGCAUACUUUGGACGAGGAGUGGGAGAUAUCGUGCUUGAUGAUGUCUCCUGCAGGGGUGACGAAUCCUCGCUUGCACUGUGCCGCCAUCGAGAAUUUGGACAAAAUGAUUGUAACCAUGGUGAAGAUGUAGGGGUAAUAUGUUUGGACAUUCGCUUGGUGGGAGGCUCAUCGCACAGGCAAGGCAGAGUAGAGAUAAGGUUAGGGAAAACGUGGGGAACUGUAUGCGACAAUGAAUGGGAUGUCGAAGAUGCACGUGUUGUUUGCAGAAUGCUAGGAUAUAACGGAACCGUAAAAGAAUUUUCCAAUGCCCAUUUUGGUCAAGGAAGCGGUCAGAUAUGGUUGGAAAAUGUCAACUGCAAUGGAACGGAGAGUUCCAUAGCUCUGUGUCCUUCCAAUGGAUUUGGAACACAUAACUGCACACAUGGAGAGGAUGCGGGAGUAAUUUGUCAUCUAUAUAUAAGUAUAAUAGAUUGUUCUUUUCUAACAAAGAAUGCAUACAUGUUCACCAUGAUCCUUACUCUUGCUGUGAAUUUUGGUCUUCUUCAACUCAUGUGCUGUUUCCUUCUUGACCCAAAUGAACCAACACAUCAUCCUGGAGAAAACGAUGCAAUUACGUUUAUGGCCCUACGAUUGGACAAGCUGCAGGAACAAAUGGUUCAGCAAAACAGAACGCUAGAAAUGCAGGAAAAGAUGAUGCAACAACUUCUAAGCAUUUCCAAUCAAUCACCAUCAACCCAAUCUCUAAGCAAAGAAUUGCCUAUUCUUCAAACCUACGUUCAACGUAUAAUGGAUGAAUAUCACAGACUAUCCAACAUCUCCGAUGCAACCGAUCCUGCCUUUAAAAUUAGCAGCACGGCAACAUUCGUUCAUAUUCUUACUGCAUACCAAUCCAGUAAAGAUCAAAUUGUCAGGGAGCUGAAACAAAAAGUAAGUGUUCUAAAUGAAACAAUUUCCCUUCAGUAUCAGGAAACUGCAAAUCAAAUACAAUCCUUAACGCAUACAUUGUCAGCUGUUAACCAGUCUCUGUCAACACUCUUAACGCUGGAACAUCACAACGAAAAUCAACUGUCCACGUUCUCUAGUGAUAUGAAUACAACACAGAGCAGAUUAAGUUCAUUACAAGGAACAGUGUCUCAAAACCAACGACAAAUUUCCUCACUGUCCAGUCAAUAUACCACCAUGUCCUCUAACUUGUCCACACUUUCCAGCGACUUGCAUAGCGUUCAAAGUAGUUUAAGUUCACUGCACACAACGGUUUCUCGGAAUCAGCGUAACUCAUCAAGUCACAUAUCCUCCCUGACAAAUCAGUACUCUACUUUGUCUACGACUUUACAAGAUACCAAGGAUAGGGUGUCUACUCUGGAACACAAUUUGGAAGAGACUAUUAUAACAGACACAAGGAUUACUGGAGGAAACUACAGUGGUAUGGGACGUUUGGAAGUUAAAUAUCGUGGUAACUGGGGUACAGUUUGCGAUGACGACUUCAGCAGUAACAAUGCGAAGGUUGCAUGCAGACAAGUUGGUUACCCAUGGAUUCAUGCGACAUACAAAAGUUCUGCAUACUUUGGACGAGGAUCAGGAGAGAUCGUUCUUGAUAAUGUCAGAUGCAGGGGUGACGAAUCAUCGCUUGCACUGUGCCGCCAUAAUGGAUUUGGACAAGAAAAUUGUGGUCAUCAUGAAGAUGUAGGGGUAAUAUGUUUGAACAUUCGCUUGGUAGGAGGAUCAUCUCACAACCAGGGCAGAGUAGAGAUAAAGUUAGGGAACACAUGGGGAACUAUAUGUGACGAUGAUUGGGGUCUCGAUGAUGCACGUGUUGUUUGCAGAAUGCUUGGAUAUAGCGGAACCGUAAAAGCAUUUUCCAGUGCCCAUUUUGGUCGGGGGAGUGGUCCGAUUUGGUUGGAUAAUGUCCAUUGCACUGGAUCGGAGAGUUCCAUAGCUCGGUGUCCUUCCAAUGGAUUUGGAUCACAUAACUGUGGACAUGGAGAAGAUGCAGGAGUAAUUUGUCAUUAAAGAUAUAAUAGAAUGAUUGAAACCACCAUGUAUUCACUAAACAUAGCCAAAAUAUUUUAUAGUGUAUGACAAUGCACAUCGUGACUGUAAACGAUUCUCGUUUUCAAUAAACAUUACCAGU